AGAAUUAUAUGCAGCGUCUAAUUAAUCAAGCAAAGAAGCCCAACGCCCAGCAUAAUUAUGGCUUCUUUGCGCGUUGUCAAUAGAUUGGUCUGUCGUGGCUUUGUUGUGCUGACGCUGCUUCUCAUGUUUUUCAAUGAAGUACUUAUUUACUAUAUAGCCCAGUCCAGCUGGAACUCAAUCGAUUGCAAGUUGGAAAACUGCACACGUCUGCUGCUUAUUGCAGAUCCACAAAUCUUAGGCACCUCCUACGAUCGUUCAUCGCACAGCCCGCUUGCGCGUUACGACUUGGAUCGUUAUCUACAGAAAUCUUUUGAGCGUGCCGUCUCCUUUACACAACCACACAUUAUAGUGUUCCUGGGAGAUUUGCUCGACGAGGGUAACAUAGCUACCGCCCAGGAAUACAAGCAAUAUGUGCAGCGCUUCAAGCGUAUCUAUAGGAAUAAGCAGCUAACAAAUUUUCGCAUGAUUUCUGCCUACUUUCAGCGUGUUCAUGUCCCGGGUGACAACGACAUUGGCGGCGAUAAUGGCGACUACAUUUCCAACUCAAAUCAGCGACGCUUUGAAAAUCACUUUAUGAGCGAGGAUCUGUUUGACUAUGACAAUCAUUUACGUUUCUUCAAGAUCAAUCGCAUGCUAUUGGAUUUCACAAAUCCAGAUAAGGAGCACAAUGCCGAACGUCUACGCAUUGGAGUCACCCAUGCACCACUGCUUAUUGGCGGUGGGCCGCUGUUACGCGCCGUUAUUAGCGAUUUGGAUCCACACAUCAUAUUUUCUGGCCACUGGCACGAAUCGCGCAUAUUUAUAUACCCGUCGACAAAAGUAAUUAAUUUUUACGAGAAUGCCGUGCGGCAUUUUGAUCUGAAAGCGCUCAAGGAACAGGAGCACAGCUACCUGGAGAUUAUGGUGCCAACCUGCUCGUAUCGCAUGGGUAAAUCCAAGAUUGGCAUGGGCUAUGCGGUGCUAGAAAAUUAUAAUCUAAGUUAUACGGUCCUGUGGCACCCCAAUCGCUUUAUUCUGCUCUUCACGUAUGUGUUUUGGGGCCUUUUUGUGCUGUGCAGUGCCAUUGUCUACAAAAUGAUGACACGAUGUCCCUUCCGAGUGGCCAAACGGCAAUCUGUUUAUAGUCGUGUAGCAAAUAUACCUCAAUUCUAGAUAAAUAAGCAAUAGAUUCUUUUUAACUUAUAUAGCAUGUUAUAAUCAAAAUAUAUCGAAUAUUAAGGAAUUGAAUAAGUAGAAGGAAGCCUAUCAA